ACAGCCAAGAUCAGUGCGUAUACGUCAGUCAUAUCGGUAACACUUCACAACCAAAAUGGAUUCCAAUAAAAAUCGUGGGAUAAUUUUCGGUGAUCAGAAUUUUUGGAUUCCAUCCCACAUGAAUUUUGGAUUGCUGGCCUUAGAUGCUAUGUUGAGAACCAAAGAUAAAGUGGCCUUGGUUAAUGGAUUGACAGACGAACAAACUACGUUUGGUGAGUUGGCUCAGCUGGUUGUGAACACGGCUGCUUCGCUAAUACGCUUAGGUGUGAAACGUGAUGAAGUGGUCGCCGUGUGCAGCGAGAACAGAACGGAAUUCUUAAUUACUGCAAUCGCGGGAUGGUGUAGUGGCGCUUCGGUUACCUUUCUUAACGCCGCCUAUGGGAAAAAUGAAUUGUUGCACACAAUGGGUAUUUCAAAACCUAAAUAUGUAUUUCUUUCGCCCGAGACUUAUAAGACCUAUUAUGAUACUAUGACUACUACAAAUAUAGUGGAUAAAUAUUUCAUAUUUGGGAAUACUGUCAAUGAUCCUAAGUUACUGAAGUUCAAUGACCUCGUUAAAACUCAUUUUAACAUCCAUGAGUUUAGACCAGAGACUGAUAUUAAUGGGUUAAUGCGAACCGCCUUAAUACUUUACUCUUCCGGAACAACGGGACUGCCCAAAGGAGCAAAGUUAACACACCUGAAUUUAAUUACGUCUGUCAACCAACCCAGUUUCAUAGCUAAAGACUUAACUACUCUGACGAUAGCACCUUGGUCUAACACAGUUGGCAUCAUUUGUACAAUGGAUGAAAUAGUCCAUAACAGGAAAGUAGUGUAUCUGUCAAAAUUUAAAGAAGAUGAAUAUUUAUCAUGCAUCCAAAGAAACAAGGUAGGGGUGUUAAUGGUUGUGCCACCACUAGUAGUCAUGUUAACCAAAUCAACGGUCUUAAAGAAUUACGAUGUCAGUUCCGUCGAAUACAUUUACAGUGGAGGCGCUCCUUUGGACUCAGUAGUAAUCGAUGAAAUAAAGAAAAGGUUCUCCGGUUUACGAAACGUAUUCCAAGGAUACGGUAUGACAGAGUCUACGGGAGCUUUGACUGAAGAAACAGAUACAUCGUUUAGACAAGGAAGUGUGGGAAAAGUUGUGCUUGGCAAUAUCGUUAAGAUAGCAGACGUCGAAACUGGAAAGACUUUAGGACCAAAUCAAGAAGGUGAAGUUCGAAUUAAAGGUCCAGCAUUAUUCGCCGGAUACAUAGGGAAAAAUCUAGCAGAUGAACAAGACGAAGAAGGGUUUUUCAAGACUGGAGAUAUCUGUUAUUAUGAUGAAGAUGGAUAUUUCUUUUUUGUAGAUAGGAUUAAGGAGCUGAUCAAAUACAAGGCUGGACAGGUAGCUCCAUCAGAGUUAGAAGCAAUUUUACUCCGACAUCCUCAAGUAAAGGAUGCGGGAGUUGUUGGCAAGCCCGAUGCUCUAGUUGGGGAACUUCCGACAGCCUUCGUAGUGAAGAAACCAGGCUCCAAUGUUAGCGAAAAGGAACUGGUUGACUUUGUUGCUGACAAGGUGUCAUCUUGGAAACAACUACGUGGCGGCGUACAUUUUAUAGAAGAGAUCCCAAAGACUCCCAGUGGUAAAAUAUUAAGGAGAAUAUUACGAGAUUACCUCAAGAAACCAAAGAGUAAAUUGUAGAGUCAUUUACAGUAUUUUAGUUUUCGUCAAACGAGUUACUGCGACACUUAUAAUUGUAGGCUAAUAAAUAAUUUUGUUUUGGU